AGUGUUUUUAUUGAGCAAGUUUUUUUGUUUUUAUAGAGCGCUGUAAAAUUUGUGUUUCAGCAUCAGAUGAAGAACUAUAUUGAGAAGGAGAGGCGAUCCUAGAAAGGUUUGAGUUUAGUGGAAAUGGUUGGAGAUGCUCUAAGGAUCUGUUAGCAUCUUGAGGCGAAAUGAAAAGAAGAGCGGUGCCAAUUGGAGCUGCUUUGCACUCGAUUUGUUCGGGGACGAGAUUUCUAAGUCUAUCGACAUCAGGGGCUUUCAGCCACAAAACUAUAAAGUCACCUGCCCUUUCAUCGGUUGACAUUGUAGAUUCAUGGGAUUCUACUUCCAAGCUACCGGUACAGCCAUGUACUCAGAAAUUGUCAAAGAACCAGACUGCGAAGAUAAUAGAUGGAAGUGCAAUUGCUGAGGGGAUAAGGUCCAGAAUAGCUUCUGAGGUAAGAAGAAUGAAGGAAUCGAUUGGACGGGUUCCCAGCUUGGCUGCCAUAUUAGUGGGUCAACGAAGAGAUUCUCUAACAUAUGUGCGCAACAAAACAAUAGCUAGUGAAGAGGUUGGCAUCAAGUUUAAGCUGACAUCCCUUCGUGAAGAUUGUACGGAAUCUGAAGUUUGCAAUGCUUUGUGUAGAUAUAGUGAGGAUCCAUCAGUUCAUGGUAUUCUUCUGCAGCUUCCCUUGCCACAGCAUUUGGAUGAGGCGAAAAUACUGAGUUUCAUCAGCCUCGAGAAAGACGUUGAUGGUUUUCAUCCUCUCAAUAUUGGACAUUUAGCAAUGCAAGGAAUGGAGCCACUGUUUAUUCCUUGCACCCCAAAGGGUUGUAUUGAGUUGCUUCUGCAGUCUGGCGUCGAGAUUAUGGGGAAGAACGCUGUGGUGAUCGGUAGGAGCAACAUAGUCGGAUUACCUAUGUCCUUGUUGCUUCAGAGGCACCACGCAACUGUGACUGUUCUUGAUGCAUUAACGAAGAACCCAGAAAAGAUAGCCCGCGAAGCUGAUAUUCUAGUGACGGCUGCUGGAGUACCAGAUUUGGUCCGUGGCAGUUGGUUAAAGCCGGGGGCAGUUGUGCUCGAUGUUGGAACGAACCCCAUUGAGGAUUGCACGAGCGAGCACGGGUAUCAUCUAGUUGGAGAUGUUUGCUUUGAGGAAGCCGUUAGAGUAGCUUCUGCAAUCACGCCCGUGCCGGGAGGAGUUGGACCAAUGACCGUUGCUAUGCUGCUUUGCAACACUCUUGAGGCCGCAAAACGCGCCCUCAAUUUUACUACUACUUGCUAAUGGGUGUCAUUUUAUAUCCUCCAAUGUUUUGUUUAUGAAUAUUUCUACAGAUAUUGUUAGUAUUUUAUAAGUUCAGAUUAGAUUCUGUAUGUAUCUAAUUUUCUUAUCUAGGUUUCAGUUGAAGAUGACUUCUUCUGUGAGUAUGUCUAGCAUUGUUUUGUUUGUGAGGUGGAUAGUGGAUAGGGAAUGAUUAAAUAUACUAUCUUCGUUUUCGGUUUUUAAAA